CAGUGUUCACCACCGCGCCGGCCAUUUGGGCCUUCGCAACGAGCCAUGCGUGUGAAGCGGAACAAGAACCAUCGCCGCAUCCUGCGCUUCUUUCGCUUGACCUUCGGGGUGCAGGAGCCUUAUCAUGUUUUGGUGGACGGCACCUUUCUGACGCAUGCACUGCAGCAGCGCAUCUAUGUGAAGGAGCAACUUCCCAAGAUGUUAGAAGGCAGAACGACUCCCAUGGUCACCAACUGUGUGUUGGAAGAACUCCGCUCCCUCGGAGAUCGCGCCUUGGGGGCGGCCAUCAUCGCCAAGGGGUACUACCGCCUGAAGUGUGGCCAUGAAGAUCCCAUCGUCGCCUCUAAGUGCAUCGCGCAACAGAUCGGCCAACAGAACGAGCGAAGGCUAUUGGUGGCCACCCAAGAUCCCGAGCUGCUGCAGACGUUGAGGGACGUCCCCGGCGUGCCGCUCAUCAGGCUGCACGGUCCCGUGCCGCAGCUGGAGGAGCCUUCGAAGACGUCGCAGAAACGAAAGGCGUCGCUGGAAACGCAGAAAGUGCGCGCCGCAGAGUGGGAGAAGCCCAAGCUGCCAAAGCUGAAGGCGAAAGAGAUCCAGGCGAAGGCCUUGGCGGAGCAGCCAAAGAAGGUGAGGAAGAAGAAAGGAGCGAAUCCCUUGAGUUGUAAGAAGUCCAAAAAGUCGAAACCAGGUGCUGGAGUUCCCACGCCUGCACCAGAGGCGAACCCGAAACGGCGCGUCCGUUCCAGGCGCAUGCGCGCGCAGGAAAACCCUGAGCCAAGUGAAGCCGCCUGACCAAAA